UUCUUUGCAUGGAUGAGGAGGAAGAAGGCUACGCAACCUGAGAGCUGUCUGUUUUUCCUGUGCUACAAAACUCCUGCCCUCAUCUCUAUGCACACAAAUACAGUUCCAACCACAAAAUUACAGCUGUAUAGAAAAUUAUCAUGGUUUUUUUAAACUGUGCUUCUGUGAUGACAUCAGGCUUAGGUCACAUGAACUUCAAUAAUUACUGGAAGUAAACCUGAACUAUCAUGAGGAUAAAGAGAUAGAAGCUUCUUUAAAAAUCACGUGUAUUCAUUUGUGUGCAUGUGAAUACUAGAGCUGUAUUAAAAAAACCCUAAGACUUGCUUAUUCUGUGGAUUUUUAUUGCCCAUAUUUUGUUUCUCAAAGCACAUAUUCAUAAGCCUUUCCACAUAAACAUAUACUUUCAGACACUCACAUGAAUAGAGCAAUUUUUAGUAGCAACCUAGAAGGAAGGAAGCAUUAUGACAUUAAUGCUCCGUGUAAAAUGAGAAAAUAUGAAACACAUUUACCUUGAUCCAAUUUAGGUUUUGCAGAGUCAUUACUCCUCAAAUUAUAGGCCGUUCAUGCUCACAUGCAUUUCUCUUUCCCUAGAAACUUCCCAUUGCCUCAGCACUUUGAAUUGCAUGGGCUGCUCUGAGCUAGCAGUCCUCAUUCUUCAUCUAGACCAUGGGCAGCCAGUGCUAGCAGGCUCUGGGAACAGCUCUGUUUAUUCUGCACGACUCAGAAUAGUGUUGGCUGUAUAGAAGUUGUGCAGAAACACACUGAGAAAAAGUAAAAUGUCUGACAGUCAUACAAGGAAGCCACUGUGUAAUAUUUAAAGUGUUGUCUUCAGUCUUCUGUGUUGCUUUUGUCUCCCUGUUCAAAGAACUGCAUGUAAGUGAUGGGUUGAGAACGAGUACAUAAGCACUUUCUGGGCAUAAUUCCUAGUAUAAAUGUCUCUUCCAUAUUUGUGGGAGUACAUUGAUAAAUCCGAAGAAAAAGAACAAGGUGUUUCUUUCCAGAGAAAGUUUUGAUCUGGUUGAACUCAAAAGACAAAAAGCAACUCUGACACAGUUCAGCAGCACUAAAGUGGGGUUCCCUUCAUUCCUGUGGGAUCAGCCUUGGAAUGAUGCCGUGACCCUGGUUAGUGUGGACUCGCACUAUUCCAGUCCUGGCAUUUGAGCAGUUUUCUCUUAAACUACAUCCCUGUUCUCCUUCCUCCGUAGUUAACAAGGCACUGGAGAGGGUAACUCUUUGCCACUCGUAGUCAGUGGAAUGCUUCUAGAAAACAUCUAGAAAAUAGAUUAAUUUAAAGUUUGUUAUGAAAAUAAUUCUUUGUAUUGCAUAUAUUAAAAAAGCUGUAUGCAGUAUUUGAUACUUAAAAUUCAAUUAUUUAUUUCAAUUUCUUUAUCUCUCAUUAUUUAUUAAUUUGUUAAGCUCUUUUAUGACGUUAGUGAAUUCAAUUGAUUUUCAUAGUAACUGUAUCCUUCAAGAUUCUAGAUUAGUAGAUCUCACCCAGACUUGUAUCUAAGGAAGAAGAUGAGAUUUCUGGCCCAUUUCUAAUUUCCACCUUAUUUCUCAGCAGUUGAGUGAGCACCAUUGAAUGUACUAGCAGAAGCAGCUGUUAUGGGGACAUAUUAUUGAGUUCUGUGGAAGUGGUCAGUGGUAUCAAAAACAGGUUUUUCACUUCAGCAGAACAGUGGUUUGACUUUUUUUUAGGAAUUAAGCAGCAAAUUUGUACUGCAUCCUUACUUGCUGUUUUCCUUAAAAAAAAAAAAAAAUUAUGUACCUUUAAUUUUUUUCCAUUUCAAAUUUUAUUGUAAAAUAAAUGCAAACUGAAAUAGCCAAUUCCAGUAAAAAUUCUGAUUUGGAUUUACCUUAGUUUUUUGAAUCAUCAUUUUUUUAUCCAUCCUGUUCAGGUAAUUAGAGAUAUUUCAAACAUCAUAAGUCCUCAGUAACUGACUUCUAACAAUUUUAAUAAAAUAAAGUACCCUACACAAUUAAUGGGUGCUUCAUUCAUAACUAAUUUUACUAUUCAUAGGCAAGUUCUCUUUCUAGCUAUGCAUAACAUUCUUCUCAAAUGGUAGUAUUUUGUUCUUUAAUCUAUUUUAGAAUAAAUCUCAUUUCUUACAUCCUCACCAACGCAAAUACUGAAAAGGAUAAUAGACUUGCUAGGUACUAUAUAAUUCUUUCAUCUGCUACAAGUUUUAUCUGUUCUAUCAGAUUAUUUUAAAGGUUUCCAUUUUAGCAUCAGAGACGUGUUUGUAUGCAAAGAUUAUUGAUAUGGAUGUCCUCAUAUCUUAUCUGUAGGAUACAUCUCUGACUGAGGUAAACUCAUUCAGUCCUUCAGUGCCAAUAUCCCCCUCAUCAAUGAUAAACCAGUAUAAAUUUGAAGAUGGGCCAGAAUUAAGAGAUCUCUUCAUUACAGUCGAUGAUCCUGAAAGCCACAUUACAGCCAUUGAAACAUUUAUCACAUACAGAGUAGUCACAAAGACAACCCGAGGUGAAUUUGACUCCAGUGAAUAUGAAGUUCGAAGACGAUACCAAGAUUUCAUUUGGUUGAAGAGCAAACUUGAAGAAGCACAUCCAACGCUGAUUAUUCCUCCGUUGCCUGAAAAAUUCAUAAUAAGAGGAAUGGUGGAAAGAUUUAGUGAUGAAUUCAUUGAGACUCGAAGAAAAGCUUUACAUAAAUUUUUGAACCGUAUUGCUGACCAUCCAACUUUAACUUUUAAUGAGGACUUCAAAAUUUUUCUUACUGCACAAGCCUGGGAACUCUCCUCCCACAAGAAGCAGGGUCCUGGUUUGCUGAGCAGGAUGGGACAGACCGUCAGAGCUGUAGCAUCCUCAGUAAGAGGAGCAGUUAAAAAUCGUCCUGAAAUGUUUACAGAAAUGAACAAUUACCUGGAAACAUUUAGUCAGAAAAUAAACUUACUAGAUAAAAUAGCUCAUAGAAUUUACAAGGAAGAAAGGGACUAUUUCAGUGAAAUGAAGGAGUACGGCCCCAUCCACACGCUGUGGUCGGCGUCGGAAGAAGACAUCGCGGACGCUCUGAAGGGCCUUGCCGGCUGCAUCGAGCGCUGCUGCAGGGCCACGGAGAGGCGAAUGGCAGGGCUCUCAGAGCACCUGCUGCCCGUUUUGCAUGAGUACGUUCUCUACAGUGAAAUUCUCAUGGGUGUUUUGAAAAGGAGAGACCAAAUUCAAGGCGAGCUGGAUUCCAAAGUUGAUGCUUUAGCCAGUAAAAAGCCAGAGAAGGAUGUGCUCUCAGAAGAGAUUGGGAAACUUGAAGACAAAGUUGAACGUGCCAAUAAUGCUCUGAAAGCGGAUUGGGACAGGUGGAAGCAGAACAUGCAGUGGGAUAUGAGAUCAACGUUCUUGAAUGUGGCUGAGAAUAAUCUCCGCUAUUAUGAAGAGGUAAAACUCUUUCUCACAAAAAUGUUCUUUUUUCAUUCUUUCAGUGAAGAAGUCCAUGGGUUCUCUGUAAAGAGGAUUUUUUCCAUUUUAGUUCAAACAUUUGAUAACUUUGGAAUCAGUUUCUGUGGGAAUAGCGGGGCAUUUAUCCCUAAUUUGACAGAUUUCAAGCAGAAUAUAUUUUAUUGUGCCCACGUCAUUGAUCCCGAGUUCAUCAUCGACAGAGGGCACUCUUGUUUUACUAACCACAACAACUUGGAACGUGAUUUUUGGUUCAAUGACAGCUGCUAUAUUUCAGUUUGGAAACAUUUUGCUGUGAGAGUAUGAAGAAGCCGUCUGGAAGGCUCAGACCUGUAUGAGGAAAACCUUUAAAUGUGAUUCCAUCAUAUUUUUAUUUUCAGCUCAAAUGCCACAGGUAAUAUUCUUGAUAAAAAUUUCCAAGAAUAUAUGCUAGGAAGGACAAUUUGAAAACAAAAUACAGUAACUGUGAAGUUUCCUCAUGGGAAACUCAAUGUUGAUUGAAAUGCGCAUUUUGGAAAUACCCCAGAUGUCUUGCAAGUUUUUAAAAAUAAUUUCUCCUUACUUUUGGGAAAAAAACAGAAUGCAGUGAGCCAUCUAUUAAUCAUAAAUUAGUCAUUUUCACAGAUAUAUUUUGGUAUAUGUAACUUCAGCCCUGUAGUCUGAGCCUUUUAUGGAUUGUACAUUAGCCAGUGGUAGUGCUCUGAUUUUACAAAUCAUUUUGUUAAAACAUAAUUGAAAAGACAGCUCUUGAUCAUCAAGUCUAAUUAAUUAACAUGCAGUCUGUGAGAUGCAUGGACAUUGACAAUCUGUUGUUACAUAUUAAGAUCAAAAUAUUUUCAGAAAUCAGGCAGCAAGCUUUUGGCAUCCUCUAACAUUGUCUUCAUUUAUUGAUGGUCUGUGACUCCUAUAGCAGCAAUAUGUAUGUUACAACAAUGCUGAAUAUAUUAGAAUAUUUUCUUUGUGAAUGAUUAGCUACAACAUAAAAGUAAUUGUUUGGUUCUUUUUCCUGUCUAGAAAUGCUUUUUGCUGAAUUAGAAGUUUAAUCCAGAGCACCAAAGCACAUAUUGUACAUGAAAUUACUGUUCUUAAGCCACAACUGUAGAAAAUUAUUCAGCUGUCUCUGUAACUGCUGGAGGUUCUUCUUAAAUAGCCUCUGAAAUACCAGACAAGUUGGUGUAUACUGAGGCACAAUCUUUUGUUGGUGCUUUUCUUGAAUAUUGAAAUCUUCAUUAAAUGGUUUUGCUGUUAUAUCUUUGUGGAUCUACAUUUUUUAAAAAGCACCUUAUCUUACUAAGCAGUUGAAAUAAUAAGAAACAUUGUGCUAAGUCUACGACUCCUUGUUUGCAAAGUGAGCACUUACUAAUUUCUUUCUGUUUUAUCAGAAAAUCAUUAUCUAAUUCAGAUAUUCAAAAGAACUUGAUAAAGUUAAUAUUUCGAUUGGGAGUUUUCACCUAAAAUUCAUUUAUUUAAGACCUGUGGUUAAUGGUGAUGGUUAAUUAUUAAAGAAGUGAUUACUGA